AUGACAAGUACACCAAGUAGUAAUAUGCUUUUAUUACCACCAUCAGCAUUUCAAUCGACAUCAUCAUUGUAUUUAAAUAAUGAUAAAGAAAAUCAAACAACGACAACACCAACACCAACAACAACAGUUCAUGAACAACUUGAACAAUUACAAGUUGAAAUUGGUAGAUUAAGAACAAAUAAUGAAGCUCUUAAAACAUCAGGACGAGAUUUACUUGAACGUGCACCACCAUUGAUAAAUUUACCUCGUCGUUCAAAUAUUGUACAAGAAACUCUUGAAGAUAUAAUUCAACAACAAGCAACUGAAAUUGAACGUUUACGUAAUGAACUUGAACGUGAAAAAUCUCGUUGUUUAAUUGCAAUUAAUGAACUUGAACAAACUUUACAUACAAAAGAAUUAUCAUGGAAAGUACAAUUAAAUGAAUUUGAAAUACGUUCAGCUGAAUUACAAAAAGUUCGAAAAGAAAAACUUUAUUAUGAACAAUUAUUAUCAUCACAAAAAUUAUCAACAUCAACAGAUAAUAUUAAUAAUAAAUUAUCUCAACAACUUGAACAACGUGAAAAAGAAAAUGCUGCAUUAAAUGAAGAAAUGCGUUUAUUAAAUUUAAGGUUAACAUCAAUGAAUGAUGUAUUGACUUUACAAGAAGAAAAACUCGAACAACCAACAUUAAAUAAUAAUGAAAAACGACAAUGUCUUCUUAAUUGUUGGAGAACAAAAGUUUAUGAUUUACUUAUGCAACUUAAAUCAAUGGAAUUAAUUCUUAAGAAUAACAGUAAUAAAUUUUCUAAUGAUAUUGAACAAUUACAAGGCAAAGUCAAUGAACUUUUACAUGAAAAUAAACUUGUACAAACUCAAUAUGAUGAACGUAAAAUUCAUAUACAAUAUCUUGAAUCAAAAUUACAUCAAUCAGAUUCAAAUUUAACUUUAAUUCUUGAUGAAAAUACAUCUCUUAAACAACGUCUUCAAUCUUAUGAACAUACAGAACGAACAAUUCAUGAUAUGAUUAUUAAACAUACAACAAAUCCUCAAUAUGAUGAUUUAUUUAAAACAAUAAAUAAAACUCUUGCUAUAUAUGAACAACGUCUUGGUUAUAUAAAUAAACGUUUUCUUGUUCUUCAAACAUUAUUUAAUCGUCAAUUAUUAUCUUUAUCAUCAAAACAUCAUGUUACAAUUGGUAUACAAACAGAAGAUGAACAAUAUAUUGAUUUAACAUUACUUGAACGUGAAUUAAAAACUGUUUCAAAUGAACGUGAUUUACUUGCAUAUAAACUUGAUCAAGAAUAUGAACAAUCAAAACCACGUCUUGAACAAAUUGAACAAAAAUAUAAACAAGAAUUUGUAAUUAGUAAUGAAAAAUUAGUAAUGAUGCAAUUAAUUUUAGAAGAAAAUACAAAUAAAAUUCAAUUAUAUGAAAUAACUUUAAUUGAAAAAGAUAAACAAUUAAAAGAAUUAACAGAAAAAUGGACAUAUGAACAACAAAAACAAAUAGAAAAUAUUGAUUUAUUAAAACGAGAAUUUCAAGAACGAGAAGAAACAUUAUUAAAUGACAAAGAUAAUUUAGAAAAACAAUUAAACGAAGCAAAACGUGAACAAGCGAAAUUAGCAGCUAAUUGCAGACAAAUUGAACGAACAACAACUCGUGAAAAAGAACGUUGGCAACGUCAAAUAGCCGAUUCACAAUUACGAUCAGAUGCUGAAUUAGAUAAACUUACAAAACGUAUAAUGACACUUGAACGUGAACGUAAUUUACUUAUGAAAACAAUUCAUCAAGAAAAAUCUUAUUCACCACAAAUAUUACAAUCGGAUGACAAUGAUCUUCAAUAUCUUGUGUCGGAAAUUCGUCAAUUAGCAAGUCGAGCUUUAGAUGAAUCAAGUGAUGAAGAAGAUAUAAAUAAAAUCUCAUAA